ACUUAGCAGGCUAGCUACGAAAUUUUCAGUUUCCUUAGUUUAUUAAAACUCGAGAGUUGUUCGCGUUGUCUAAUGAUGUGUUUACGUUACUUAACCAAAUGACCUGUGACAGGAGAUAAAUAUUCGGCUUCACGGCCGUGUCUCGUCACUUUGCCAGUCAGUCAGUCUCGCGUCAACAUUUCAAGUGCAGUGCGCCAUUGAGCUUGCAAGAUAAAAAAAGGAAUGUGUUUAUCGUUUCUCGUAACUUUGUUGUAACAAGGACUAGUGUUCUAGUUCGUAAUGUGGCAAAUGGAAAACUUUUAGCACGUAUCAGUCAUGGCAGAGUGUAUAGAAUUUCGUAAGAUAUUAAAGUGUUGUUUUAGACCAACGAGAGGAUCGCAGUUACGGAUAUGGACCUUGUGUUUUAUUAUAUUAGGGCUUCCCAGCAUAUAUUCGGCAUGUCAUUUUGUUGGCACAUAUCCACCAGGCACAAUAAAUGUAUUAUAUGGUCAACCAUUGGAAAUAUUUUGUGUUGCAGAGAAAAACUAUUCUUCUAGAGAUAUUGAAUUUUCACUUUAUGGCAAGCAGCUGGAUUCUGAGAUAGUGAACAGUACAACUAUUAGGCUAUAUAUAGAGAAACCUGAAAAACAAGUAAAUACUUACUAUUGUAAAAAUACUAAAUCUGGAAAAAAUUGUAUCAAUAGAGUAUUAGUGGACUCACUUCCUCCAAAUGUAACUGAUUUUAAAUGUAUUUCAAACAAUCUGGAAAUUUUAAAUUGUUCAUGGAUAAAAGCUGACACUGAAAGUGCUUUAAGAUAUAAUUUGACAUUUGAAUCUAAUGGAAACUUUGUAACACCUUGUACUGUGCAAAUGGUAGAAAAUUCAAAGACCAAAUAUUGUAUAUGGAACUCACAUAGUUUCCCCAGAUAUAGAGAGCAAGAAAAAGUAUUUUUUUUUGUAAUGGAAACUUGUAACUAUUUUGGGUGCAAUAGUCAAAACUACAGCAUAGACCAUUAUUCUAUAGUAAAACCUGAUCGCCCAUUAAAUUUAAAAUCAGUUAAGAUUGGGACACAUAGCGUCCUUUUAAAGUGGAAUGUUCCAAAUACUAUUGUUGAUUUCUUAGAUUGUGGAGUAGUUCAUAAAAUAGAAUAUCAAAUAGAAAAAAUAGACAAUACUACUUUUUUCCAUGAAGUAAAUGCAUCAUCCUUGCCUUUUAAGAAUAAAACUUAUAAAUUUAAUUUGACAUUACCAUAUGCCCAUAUGAAGUAUGAAGUAAGGAUUUCUAUUAAAUCAAGAAAAGCACCAGAUUCAAAAGAAUUUUGGUCUGAUAAUAGCUUUUUAAUAUUCUACACAGAUAGUGAACCACCUCAAAGGCCUCCAGAUACUUGUGCAGGUGCAUUUGAUAGAUCUGUUUUUGUUGGAAAUUAUAGAAUGCUAUAUAUUUACUGGAAGCAAUUAGAAGAAUAUGAACAAGCUGGAGCAAAUUUUACAUAUAAAGUAUUAGUGUCACAGGAUAAUAAAACACAGAUUUUGUUCCCUGACAAAAACAAAAGUUUAAGUUAUGUGAUGCUUAAUGCUUCUGUAAGUUCAAUGGAUGUUACAAUUUGGUCUUUUAACCAAAUGGGCUCAUCAGUAAACAGUAGCAACUUAUACAUACCAUCUGAAAAGAAUAUAGAGUCUUUAGGUUUGACAUCAUUUACAAAACUAGCUUAUGAAAAUGGAACAUAUGAAUUAGCUUGGGGUGGAAGUAAUGAAAUUGAUAACUAUACUCUGUUUUGGUGUCAACAUAACAGUACAAAUAUAUGCAUUGGCCAAAUGAAUUAUACUGUUCUUGAUCCCACAAAAAGCCGCUAUGUUAUAGAUCUUCCAAGAGAACACAGAUAUCAAUUUGCCAUUUCAGCUAACAAUGGGACUACUACAAGUGGAAUAGUGUGGGCUAAAUGUGAUAUUUCGAAAGAGGGGUUUGUUAUGUAUCGUUUUAAUAUGCACUUACAAUAUGAUAUCCCUGGUAAAACAUUUGUAAACCUCAAAUGGGAGAUGGAAUGUGUUUUACAAGAUGGCAUUAUAACUGGAUAUAACAUUAGCUACUGUCCAACUUUGCGGACAGGUCCAAAUUGUGAUAAAUCUUUUGAAACUAAACAUGUAUAUAUUUCCAAUCCUAAACAGACUAACAAAACAAUAGAGGGAUUAUUACCAUUUAGAACAUAUCAAUUUUCUAUUGCAAUAAAUACAAUUUUUGGACAAAAAACUGUUGAAAAUGCUUCAGCACAGUUAACUACAUCUGAAGAUACACCUACAAGUCCUGUAAAUUUAGCAAUUUCUGAUGUUACAAAUAAUUCAUUGGUGAUAUCUUGGGAUCCACCCUAUCAGAGGAACGGUAAUAUUGGAAAAUAUAUAGUUAACAACUUCAAUAAGGAGAUUUAUGUUGAUAAAGUGUCAGAAACAGAUAAAUCAAGAAGGAUUGUGACUUUAACAGGUCUACAAGCUUUUAGCAAUUAUUCAUUAACUGUGCAGGCAUGUAAUAUUCCAAUUAAUGCUUGUUCUAAACAUAGUUUAUCUUUAUAUGUGAGGACUGCAAUUGGUACUCCUAGUAGAUUGAAAGCACCAACAACUAUUAUAAAUAAUCCUGAUAAACUUAGAUGGGAACCUCCUGAAAUACCAGGAGGCACAGUAGAUCGUUAUCAAAUAAAAAUUAUUAAGGAUGAUAACUUACCUGAAAUCAUAAAUACCACUAAUCUAUCAUACACAUUUACACAUUGUGAAGGAGGAGUUUCUACUGAAACUUAUCAAGUUAGGGCAGUGAAUUUUGAUAAUGAUUUAUAUCAUGGUGUAAAAGGAGAUGCUAUUUUGAUAGCCAGAUUAAGUCCAGAUAACGAUGAAUAUCCUGGGCCUUGGAGUGAACCAAGUACAGUAGCAUGUAGAAGCAGAGAUGGUUUUACUAUGAUUAUAAUUUUCAUGGUUGUUUUUGCACUAGUUGGUUUUGGAUAUGGCUCUAUUAAACUUUACAAAAAGUAUAGAAAAAUGGAGGAUAUCAAACCAGUUUUACCUUAUGGCUUAGGCGAACCAGAAAAAGACAGAAGCAAAUUUCCCUAUCCUGAAUGGAAUCCUUCUACAAAAGAUGAAAAACCCUCAUCAGAUGAAAUGUUACUAUUACCAAAUACCAAAAGUAGCACUGUAUCGACCACAGAUAUAAAACAAAAAGACGACAUUUGUGCUGCUAGUGAUCAUACAGACAGUACUGCACUUUCAGAUUCUUCUAUAGGCCCUGUGGACAGACAAAUAUCUACAUCAGACGAUGGUUCUAAUUCAUCUUUACAUAUUGAAGCAGAUACUGAUAAGGGUGACGAAAAUACUAUAGUGCAAGAAGAUUCAUCUGAAGUUGACUCAGAAAGUUCAAGAGAAAAUUCACCAUAUUUCAGUGAUAAGACUUUCAAGAAAAAUCCGAAUAGUGGUUAUGUUCAACCAGUUGUUAGUACCACAAGUGGUUACGUACAAUCUGCGCCUGCCCCACUAAAGCCCUCUCAGUUGGCUAUAUACCCACAAGCAACAACAUCAAGCUAUGUUAUGGCAGGAUUGCCCCCACCUUUGUUCACAUCACGUCCAAAUCCUGUACUAACAUCUGGAUAUGUAAUGCCUGAAGAUGUCCAAGGCAAAUCAAUAAUGAGUUCUCCAAAGAUAAUGUCAGGGAACCCUAAAGGCUUGGGGCCAGAAAGCUUGCCAACUUUGCCUACCUUGCCACCUUCAGUUAAGCCCAGCACAGAUAGUAGUUAUAUUCAAUUGCAGUCAUUGGAUUCAUUGCCUAGUCUUAAGUCAGUACGUAACACAGUGCCAUUGAAGCCGCCCGCGUCGAGUGGGUAUAUAACUCCGGGUGACGUUGUCAUAAACAAGCACCUUAACAAUAUGAUGUCCGCUGGACAACUCCCUGAGGAUUCUGCCAUAUUAGAUCCAACUAUGUCCCCCGAUGCAUACUGUCGGUUUUCGUGGAGUACAGAUCCCGCCAAUGAUAACCUACACUCAUUGCUCACCGACUCGCCUACAAGAAAUAUCUCAAAAAAUUAAUUUACGUCAACAUGUGACACAGUACUGAUAAACAUUUGUCUAAUCUUAAAUAAGUAGAUAUGGAUGGUACCUACACAAUUAAUUUAAUACCAAACGAUCUGAGCGUUGAAGAAACAAUUCUUCAGAUUGCCGAUGCUUU